GAAGAAAGUGCGCGUCAGAUGAAGUACCAUGGCCAUCAUACUCUUGCUUUUCUUUGUCCUAUAUGGAGCUGACUGCACUCAGAUCGUCGGCGGCAGAGACGCUUUGCCGCACUCGCAUCCGUACUUGGCCUCGCUACAAGUUCGCGGGCAGCACCUGUGUGGUGGCUCGCUGAUCAGAGAAGAUUUUGUCCUCACUGCAGCGCACUGCAGGAUAGGCCGUGCUCUCACGGUGGUGCUGGGAGUAAACUCCCUGACAGGGGAUGAGUCCACCAAGCAGGUGUUCACCGCUACCAGAGAAAUCCCACAUCCCGGCUACACCAACUUUGAAAACGACAUUAUGCUUCUAAAGCUCAACGGCAGCGCCAUCCUGACUGAGGCGGUGCAGCUGAUCGUUCCCAAAAGAGAGCGUGCGGAAAACCGCGAAGGGUGCAUCACGGCCGGCUGGGGGGACAUCGGUGAUAACAGAACCUUGGCCAGCACUCUUCAGGAGCUCAAUGUCACUGUGCUGCCGCAGCGCACGUGUCGCCGACGAUGGGGGGCAGUCCCCAUCCGGAGGACCAUGGUGUGCGCCUCUGCGUCACGCGUCUUUCAAGGCUUCUGCUCGGGUGAUUCAGGCGGUCCAUUGAUCUGCGACGGCGAGACGGCAGGCGUCGUGUCCUUCUCGGGGCGACGCUGCGGGAACCCCAGAACCCCCGACGUCUACACUCGUGUCUCAUCCUUCAUCGACUGGAUAUCCAGGGAGUUGGAUAGGAAUUGAACAAAUGACCAUUGAGCUGCGUGACACCAGAGUGCCCAGUUACACAACUGAUGUGUUAGUGCUGAGUUUGUCAAGGCGUGAUAAUCACUUAUAUCUAAAUUUUGUGACGGUAUUUUGUACUCAUUCGGUGCAUUUCAGAUGGUCCAUUGUCCCGAUUAAUUUACUUUUUCAUAGGCGGGUAAGACAAAGCAAAAUUGAAAAUGACAAUUCCAGAAGUUUCUUUGACUUUUUUUUAUUAUUUGCUUGCUUUACAAUUGUAACAAAUAAAAACCACUGCUCAUUUCA